GGCCAUAUCAUUCCCUGAUGGAAAUUGGAAGCAAACAUAUACAGUUACUAGGAGGCCGUUCAAUCUCUGGGGCCUUCCAUUUUGUUCAAACCAAAUUAAUUGUGAAAACGACAGAGAAAAGAGAUACCAAAUCCCACCAAUAGGAUCACAAAUCCCAGCUAUUGGGUUGUCUUCAACUUGCCCAAGAUUUUUUUAUUUUUAGAUAUUUCUACUGAUUAAGUGUAGGAGUCUCUGGACUCUUUGUUCACCUGGCUAGCUAGCUAGCUUGCUGAAGUGUACAGAACAGAAACUUGUGAGUAUAUAUAACUUCAGGUAUUGUUAGUUUCUGCAUUAAUUAUCUUGCAUAACAAAUUAAAUGAUGAGUUCUUCUAGUAACAAGAACAGCAUGCCAUGCGCUGCAUGCAAGCUUUUACGUCGACGGUGCACCAAAUAUUGCAUUUUCUUGCCCUACUUUCCCCCCACUCACCCGGAGAGGUUUGCUGCUGUUCAUCAGAUCUUUGGUGCCAGCAACAUCACCAAGAUGUUGCAGGAAGUGCCUGUUGACAGUAGAGCAGAUGCAGUGAUGAGCAUGGUGUAUGAAGCCACAGCAAGGCUGAGGGACCCUAUCUAUGGCUGCGUCGGCCUCAUUUCUGUCCUGCAAAAGAACGUUUUCGAGUUGCAAUCCAAGCUAAACGAAUCAGUUGCAGAGACAAUGGCCCUCAAAACCCAGCUCUCCAGUGUCCUCUCAGCAAGCCUCCUCUAUGAUCCUGCACUUCCAGACACCAUGCUUCUAACAUCUGACCUAUCAAACUCAUCACUAGCCACUGAGUUCCUCAAUCCCGAGCCUUACAUCUAG